GCACAAGGCUGGAGCACCAGAUGGUUUGACGGCAGUGGCUGCUUUAAGAGCCUCCUCCAGCUGGAGUUUGCGGCAAAGGGACUUUGUGCGGGAGGAAGAGGAGGAUGACCGAGAAGAAGCAGGAGAGCCAUCCAGGGCUUCAAGUCUUCUUUUUUUAAUGUGGCAGGGAGGAACGGAGGACGCUGUUCUCCCUGCCAGGGAUUCCCUACAGGAGCUCUUCCGGAGUUUUCCCAUUCCUCUAACCUUCUGAGGACCGUGAGGAUGCUCACACUUCUCGGGAUAACUUUUGUCACUUUGCCAUUUGUCAUCCGAGCAGGCACAGCAGGUCCUUGGUGCUACGAUUCACAAGAUCUGAAAUGCGGUCCCUCUCACUGGAAGGACAUCACGGCCAGCUGUGGAGGAGAGAACCAGUCGCCCAUUAACAUAGACAGAAGGAAAACGCAACGGGACAAGAACCUGGAUGAAAUCUUGUUCGAAGGCUAUGACCAGGCCCCUCCCGGCCGGUGGCGACUGUUGAACGACGGACACACAGUCGUCAUGACCCUGGAUGGAGCCUCGGCCGCCGAACAGAUCAACAUCACCAAAGGAGGGCUUGGUGAGAAGUUCCGGGCCCUGCAGUUCCACUUCCACUGGGGGGACCUGGACCGAAAUGGCUCCGAGCACAUGGUCGAUGGGCGCCAGUACCCCAUGGAGAUGCACUUAGUUCAUGUAAACACCAAGUACAAAACCACCAAUGAAGCCAAAGGGCAUCCAAAUGGACUCGCUGUCCUGAGUUUCUUGUUUAAGGUAUCUGAGACCGAUAACACCAAUUACAACACGAUUAUAGCAGGCCUGAAAAACAUCUCACGUGCAGACGAUUAUGUUGACUUGGCUUCCACGUUUUCCCUGAGGAACCUUCUGCCCAGCAUGGCUUCACUGUCCAAAUAUUACCGCUACAAGGGUUCUCUCACUACUCCAAGCUGUGAAGAAGUGGUUGUGUGGACUGUGUUCGAAGAAGAGGUCCCAAUCAGCAAGCAACAGCUGAAUGCAUUUGUGAACACCAUUUAUUUCAAGAACGUGGGAAUGACAGCACUGAAAAUGGCCAACAAUUUCCGUCCUCCACAACCUCUCAAUCGGCGCAAAGUAUAUGCAUCCCGGGAUGCCACCCUCAGCUGCAGUUCUUCACUGGCUUCCCAUCUACUGCUUCCUCUCCUCUGGGCCUUUUUGGUCGGUCAUUUCUCUGGCCCCUCCUAGCUGUCUCAGUGAACUGUCAAGGUCAGUCGUGUUCAGCUGGUACUUCACGGUGCCUUCACAUCAACGCUUCCUCACGGUGAUCCUUUUCUAUCCACCAUGGAGAAUGAUGCAUGAGCUGAAAACAAACUGGCAGCAAGGCAAGAAUCCGGCACCGGACUGCUAUAUUUAAUUAAUUUUGGAGAAACAGCUUUCAUUCUGCUAAGAUGUACCUGCACACUGGUGAAAUCAAAGGCAUCAGCCACAUAAUCAAUGCAUCAAAUUGGGAUUAGAAUCAUGCACACUUUCAGCUUUGCCUGCUUUGUCAUGACAUGUGGGAAGAUGACGUGCAAUGCACCUUUUCAUCAGAAUGUGAAAAAAUGCUUAA